AUGUUGAUCUCUAGUGUUUCUUUACUUCUCGCCUCCGCAGGGCUAUCCCAAGCCUUGCCCCAUGCCGGAACAAAGAGGGCAGAAUCCGAUGGCUUAAACUGGGCGCCGUGUAAUCUAGACCUCCCUGAAGGUCUCGAACCUGCAAGCACAGUCCCCGUCGACUGUGCAACCCUGGAAGUCCCUCUGGACUAUACCAACCCUGACUCCAAGCCACUGGAUCUCCAGUUGGUUAAGAUCAGUGCGUCGAAAGAGCCCGUCAAGGGCAGCAUUAUUUUCAACCCGGGGGGACCGGGAGCCUCUGGCAUCGAUGAGCUCUACCUACAGGGGAAGGGCGAGGUGUAUCGCGACUUGUUCGGCGGACACUGGAAUGUGGUUGGGUUUGACGCCCGGGGGACUGGCCAUACGAUCCCCUUUGCAUGCGAUGUUCCACGUCCUGGCAUCAAGCGCAGCCUGUCUCGUCGGAACAAUGAGACUCUGCCACAAGCCGACAUGUAUAGUCUCUUGAAGCGCAAAGCGUGGAACGAUGCGAAAGUCUUGGUGGACGCCUGCUACGAGGACCAGCAGGAAACCGGACGCUUCCUGGGCACGACGUUUGUCGCACGAGACAUGCUCAAGAUCGUCGAUGCCCUCAAUGAGGACGGCAAGCUGCGGUUCUGGGGUCGGUCUUACUCCACCAUCCUUGGACAGACCUUUGCGGCGAUGUUCCCCGACCGUAUUGACCGCAUGCUACUCGACAGUGUUGUCUUAAACGAUGACUACCACGCCGGUCACUGGAUCACUGCUACCAAAGCCGCGGAGGAUUCUCUCUACCACUUCUUCACGGAAUGCAUCAACGCCGGUCCCACCGACUGUCCGGUCAUUGCGAACUUUACCGGCCCGGCCACCACCCCGGAUGCUCUCAUGAAGGAGAUGCGCACAGCCUUCCAAGAACUCGUCGACAACCCUGUCACGCUUCCAGAUGAGUACGAGCCGUUGCCGUGGUGGCAACCCGGUGGGAUCGACCUUCUGACGGAAUUCAAGUACACCGUUUUCAGCCUGCUCUACCGACCGGAGCAGUAUCCCACCCUCUACGCGUAUAUUCUAACCGCCCUCACCCGCAACUACGAGGUCGUGAUCAACCCCUCGCAGGCCGCCACAGUCCCGCCUACAUGGAACCAGGGUCCCAACAACUUCCACGGGAUUGCCUGUGCGGAUGCUCACUUCCGCGCCGAUAAGCCCGAAGACAUGUAUUCGUUGGUCCAAUCGCAAGCGGUCACAGGCUCCUUUGCCGACGGGUUUUCGCCGCAGGUGUGGCCGUGCGCCCAAUGGAAGUUCAAGGCCGCCGAGCAGUUUGAGGGACCGUACCACGGCAUCAACACCAGCUACCCCAUUCUGUUCAUUAACAGUCCCUAUGACCCGGUCACCCCGCUGAGCAAUGCCUGGGAGGCCUCCGCUCACUACCUGGGGAGCCGUGUGGUCGUCCACGAAGGACAUGGACAUGGGUUCAUGAACCACCCUUCUUCAUGCAGCCAGAACAUUGUCAAGGAGUACUUCGACGAGGGAAAGCUUCCUGAGGUCGGCACCAGGUGCAAGCCCGAUAUGACCGGGUUCGAGUACGCAAAGCUACUCGUGGCGGCGGCGAGCGGAAACUCUACUGUCGCCAGACGCGGACUGGGUAGCAAUCAGAUGAGGAGAAGCGGCCAGGGCAUGUUUGGCCAUCAGAUCUAA